GAAUAGAAGCAUGUGCUAGCCCAUUAACUUAUAUACCUAUGGAAUAUGAUUUAAAAGUAACGAUUUUCCCAACCAAUCUUUAGUCAGUUGCCAAGGUGCUCAAGAUGGGAGACUAUAUUAUCUGUCUUCUCGCCAUCACUACUUCAUUCGCCACUGUCGAAGGAGGCUAUGGUGGAGGGGCUGGUUUGAAACCUCGAGCUCCUGCUCCCCGACCUAAUUGUGGAGGAAAAUGGGGUGGGGGAAGUUGCGGCGGCAAUGCCGAAUACGUGAAUCCCAAUGGCUUUCCCAACUGCCAAUGUGAUUGGGUUUUCAAUCACGAAGGCGAAGGCAAUUGCAAUGUGGGUGGAUGGAAAUCGACAAGCGAUCGGUGGUGCUACGUGAAAACCAAAAGUCCCAGUGGAGCUUGGCUGGAUCCACUCUCCGUUUGUCCCGAUGCCGUGACCUCUAACGUUCAUCAUGGCAAAUAUUGGUCUCGUUUGGCCUGUAACACGCCGGCAAUUCAAGGGGGUCACCCCAGUCAACCAUGUAACAGAGGCUUUGGUGGCUCAGGAUGUGGAGGUGGUUCAGGUGGAGGCGGUGGUGGUGGCAGUGGUGGAUAUGGUGGUGGUUUUGGUGGUGGAAGCAGUGGAGGCUAUGGAGGUGGGAGUAGUGGCGGCGGGCAUAGCGGAGGGUUUGGCGGUGGUGGCAGUGGUGGACACAGUGGUGGAGGAGGCGGAGGAUAUGGUGGGUCAAGUGGUGGUGGCCAUGGCUCUGGUGGAUUUGGAGGCUCAUCGAUUGGCAACUAUUGGUGAUAGAAUGGCCAAGCAGUCGUCCGUUGAAACAUAAUGCAAAAUGAAGCCCGAAAAAUCAGAAUGAAUAAAACUAUCAAUGCUA